CGGUUUACUAUUAUGUGGUUAGAUUAGAAAUGUCAGUUUUUAAUAAGGAAAAUGAAGUUUGUUUGUAGAAUAUGAAAACGAGAACGUACUCGUUGAACUGUUCAUAUUACAACGAACAGCAUAAAUUAGGAUAAAUUAUCAUGGAUCUGGGAGAAAAUGGCUCUUUGAAUGCUCUGGAGCAUUUAUUGGAUGAAUUUUUCAACCCCUCGACAAGUAAUCACCGAAAACAUGAAAUAGAACUACAACUCAAUUAUUUCAAGUCUCUGCCCCACUUAUCCAACUAUUGCAUUUAUUUCAUUACAAAUACAUCUAGCCAAUAUGUAAAAAUGUUUGCCUUAUCCACAUUAGAGUCUGUGAUAAAACAGCAAUGGAGUGCCAUUGAGUGGUCUUCUAAAGAAGAAAUUAAAGGUGUCCUACACAAUUAUUUGAUAGAACAAGGGCAUUCAACAUCUCACUUUUUUAGGAGUAAAUAUGCUAAAUUAUUAGUGGAAAUAGCAAAGCAGGAUUGGCCAAGUAGAUACCCCAAUUUUUUCAAUAAUAUCUUGGAGUUAUUGAGAACAGAGGGAAACCAGCUGAUAGGUUUGGUUCUUUUGAAGACUACUAGCGAAGAGUUCAUGGGGUUGCAUGCAAGUUAUGAAAAUAAUUCUAGGAAAGAAGAAAUUAUAAGACUGUUACAACAAUACAUUCCUGUAGUUUUUCAAGUAGUAACAAACAUUUUAGAGAACUUGGGUUCAAAACCUCGCCAUACUUCCACUGCUACUCCUCCUCCCUCUCCAGCACAUCCAUCUUCUUUGCCCAUCCUCGCUCAGCAUAUUACUGCUGCUUCAUUUCGACCUGACAGAAAAAUAUUGACGAAGGAAGCACUAGAAACCAUACAGCACCUUUUCACAUGGGCACCUAUUCAUCAGAUUCCAGUUGAGAUGAUAAGGGCUAUCUUCAGCUUCACUAAUGUUACUUCUUAUUCACAGGACGAUGAUGAUACAUGUGUCCUCGCCAUGUCUACCCUCAACGAACUGUUAUAUAGAAAAUGCACCCCUCCUGAGAGUCAAGACUUCUAUUAUCAACUAUACCGCCAGACAGUUGACUGGUUAAAUGAAGUUACUACCUCAUCAACUCGAAUAGAUUCUUUAGAUCCUGUAUUUAUGGAAAAAUUAUCAGAGUUGUUGGUUUUGCUGAUAGAACAUCACAUGUGGAGGUUGGAGUUGGAGCCUAGUUUUUCGGCGCUGGAAUUUUUAUCUCCACUUUUUCAGCUCACAAUGCACUUGCCAAACAUACAGUGUUACUUGUGUUGCCUCACUGUAUGGGCAGCGUUUAUCAAGCAGAUAAAAUCACAAAACGCCAAAAAAUAUUCGGAUGUAUUUAUCGGAUUAGUCACAGCCCUUUUAAGAAAAAUACAAUUUACUUGUAAUUUUUCUCAACUCAAUAUGAUAAAUGAUGCAGAUACUGAUGAAGAUAACCAGACCGAGUGGGAAAUUUUUUUGAAAACCACUGUGGAAAUUAUAGCUAUAGUUGCGGAAUACACCCCUAUGGAAACUUUUGGACUAAUUUUAUCACCUUGGAAAGUAUGUUUUGAUAUCUUCCAAAACAUGGAGAACACAGUGGAUCAUCAGAAUCGUUCACUGAAAUUUGGAAUUCCCGAGACUGAAAAUAUAUGUUAUGUUCUAAAGGACUUCUCAUCUCUCAGUCAAGCUCUCACCAGGAUUUCUUCUGUUAUUAUUGACUCAGAUAAAGAAGACCUUACUCAUUCAAGUACACCAAUAAUGAAUAGCCUUCUAGAAAAAAUUUUAGAAAGUGCCUCAUUAGCGAAUAAAAUAAGAUUUUAUGAAUUGAAAGUUACUGAUUCAAGGUUAACGGUCUGCUUUAUUGAAAUCCAUAGCCAGCUGCUUUCAGCCCUGAAAAGCUUGCUGGUCUGGAUAACUCAGAAGGAAUCUAUGAACAAUCACAACCUCAAAUUAAUCCUCGACUUAACACUGCCACUCCUGCGCUGCGGCACGACCGUCCCAACAAAAAUCAGCCACUCUGCUGCCCACCUAUUGUAUGGAUUCACAAGUGUCAUAUAUGCACCCCAUCUAGUGGUCAUACCCGCUGUUGUGCAGUUCAUUCACAUAGCGCCAACGCUAAAAUUCUGUGAUAGUCAAACCAGUUUAAUCGUCAACAAUUCCGUAAGUAAUUUAUUGCUGAGAUCUUGGGGAACUUUGAGCCAAGAAGAUACUGCGCAAAGGAACGCAUUCGUAACAGUAUUUUUCGAGAAUCUCACUAAAGAUUUUAGGGAGUUAUCGUCGAGUACUCAUGAAGAAAGAGCUAGACAUAUCGUGGAAAGAGUUCUGCCGUCGCUGUCAUGCAUUAUUGAAAAUUGUCGGCAUUUUCCCAUGGCUUCGAAGAAGCUUCUAACUGCCGCUAUCAAACCAACCGUACAGCAAGCUUUGUACUUGUUUCCUUCUUUCGUUAGAUAUAAAGAGAUAAGCAAUCACAUCCUGAAUUUCUUUUUGAACGUAAUAGGGGUACUCCAACAGCAAUUGGGCAUCGAAGACACUAAGAAUGCCGUACAGGUAUUCUUGCAGAUUACGAUGCAACAGCAGACGAGUGCUCUCUGCGGACUUGAUAAACUUCUUCAGAUUCUUCAGUUGGUUGUGGAAGUACCUGGCACUUCUCACAAGUCAUUUCUUCCUGGAAUUCUCCAACUCUGCAUGGAAAGCAUUUAUCCAUCGAUUGUAUCACAGGCCGCAGAUUGUCCAGAUAUAUUUGUUGCUCUAUUGACUUUAUUGUACAGUAUUUUACUUCAUCGUUGGCAGUAUUUCUAUGCCUCACAAGUGAAGUUGGGCUACUCUCCUGGAUGUAGCGAUUCCGGAAUUGGUCCAGAUCAUCCCCAGAAACCAGAGCAGCUGCUGGCUGUUCUCCAGGUAUUUGGUCAGGCUUUAUUGCAGCAAGAUAUGAAUAUUUUCCGACUGAGUCUAGCAGCUCUAGAAGAUCUGAACGGAAAAUGGAAGUUGUAUCACAAGAUUUUGUUUCGCAAUCACCUGUUACCCGAGUUCCUGACAGUUCUUCUGAAUUGUUUGUUGGAUAAAUCUCAAACUUCGUUGUCUGAAGAUAUUCAGGUAGCUGUAUAUAAUAUGGCGGCCGUGAACUUUGACGUUUUUUUUUCAACGUUUGUUAGACAAUUCAUACAAAAUAUGGAAGGAAUUUCACUGCAGCAAAGGGAAAAUCUGUUGAGGAAUUUUGUUCAUAAUCAUGAUACGGAUAUGCCUACGUUUGUACAUAAUUUACAAAAUUUUAUAAGUGAAGCUCAACAUCAUAGAGCGUGCAAUAUGAAUUCUCCAAAUAGUUAAAAGGUACAAUAAUAUUUAUACAGUUGCUUGGACUUUUUUCAGUUUGAUACAAAAGCUCAAAAAAUAUGUGUAAGUGAUAUGUGAAUAAAAUGUAUUUUGUAAAUCAG